ACCGCCGCUCUAUGCCGCUCCGGCUCCGCCCCCGCUGGGUGUUUGUGGUGGGGCUGCGGAGUCGCCAAUCCCGCCGGAAGCGCCAGGACAAUGGGGACCCGGGACGAUGAAUACGACUACCUAUUCAAAGUGGUGCUCAUUGGGGACUCAGGUGUGGGAAAGAGCAACCUACUGUCACGUUUCACCCGUAACGAGUUCAACCUGGAGAGCAAGAGCACUAUCGGCGUGGAGUUUGCCACCCGCAGCAUCCAGGUGGACGGCAAGACCAUCAAGGCGCAGAUCUGGGACACGGCAGGCCAGGAACGCUACCGCGCCAUCACCUCCGCGUACUACCGCGGUGCGGUGGGUGCCCUGCUUGUGUAUGACAUCGCCAAGCACCUGACAUACGAGAACGUGGAGCGCUGGCUCAAGGAGCUGCGGGACCAUGCGGACAGCAAUAUCGUCAUCAUGCUGGUGGGCAACAAGAGUGACCUGCGCCACCUGCGGGCCGUGCCCACGGAUGAGGCCCGUGCCUUUGCAGAAAAGAACAACUUGUCCUUCAUUGAGACCUCAGCCUUGGACUCCACCAACGUAGAGGAAGCCUUCAAGAACAUCCUCACAGAGAUCUACCGCAUCGUGUCACAGAAGCAGAUUGCCGACCGUGCGGCCCACGACGAGUCCCCCGGCAACAACGUGGUGGAUAUCAGCGUGCCACCCACCACCGAUGGACAGAAGCCCAACAAGCUGCAGUGCUGCCAGAACCUGUGACCCCCACGCCUCACCCCGAGCGUGCGUGCACGUCCUCGUCCUCGUCCUCCCAGCCCCUCACCGCACUGUCCUCCCUGCCCUUGCCCUCUGUCCUUCUGUGACCAGCUCACUCCCGCCCUCCCAGCGAGCUCU